GCGGAAGUAGAGCUACUAUUCUGACCCAACACGACGCAUGCCAAGGAGAAAAGCAGAAGGAAAUUUUUCAAAUUGAGAAACAUCGCACUUGCGAUUGACUGAAGUAAGGUUUUUUAGCACUUUCCCCAGGGCCAACAGGGGCGAGAACCCGUCAACAGAUGGAUUGCCAAUUGACGAGUACUCUGGUUUCUUCUUUUCCAUGUCUUCUCCCUUGAAACCAUAUACUGUAUCUCUAAUACUAACAUACAUAUGCCCUCCUUCCCAGCUCACCCUCUCACCUCUUUCGCCUCAUCUAAUUUCCAGGCCACUUCUUCAAAGGCAUCACUUUCUCGGACUAGAUCCUGAGACCGAUCUCAAGGCCUAUCUCAUGUGGGCUACCGAGGAUGAUAAAGCUUUUGCAAGGCUUGAGGGCCUUGCGCCUCCUACAGCCGGCGAUGAAGACCCAGUUAUUGGGAUAAGAUACACCGCAGACAAGGAGAAUAUUUAUGCACACGCGGAGCUACGCUCCUGGCCCUCUCACGCGUCUGCAGAAAUUCGACUUGUAUUUCUGUGGGACCCCGUGGACUCUUCUUGGAAAUAUCACAAUAUUGCCUCGAUGCCUUUCCCAAUCAGUGCCACGUUGAAUGUGACCGACGCAGUCGAGCAACAAACCCCUAGCCUGGCGAUCCAGGUCAAGGGAGAUGAAGAUGAUGAUUACUGGAACUCAUACGGAAGCGACGUUACCAAGGAGCACAUUCCCAGAAACAAGUCCAACGGCGAUAUUUCAGGAUCAGAGGAUGCAUAUUGGGCGCAGUAUGCAAGUGUCCAAGGCACGGCCGACAGCACGGUUCCUACUCCCAGACGUGAAACUCAUGGUGAAGAAACAUUUGACGAUGCUCUGGCAAGGGCUCGUGGACUGCACAACAAAGGCCAUUCGGACAUGUACGAUCGCCUAGAGGAUCAUCAUGAGGACCAGGAAGUCAUCAAUAUAUCGUAUAACACAUUGAACAUUCCCCAUCCGUCCACUCAUCCAUCCCGAACAUCUGCUGUAAACGGGGUCUGUCCAACAGACUUGUCCGAUCGUCUCAAUUCGUUGCCUCCACGCACGUCACUUUCCCCUCAUGUAGAUUCAGCUAGUCCUAGUCCUGUCAACGCUAGCAGCACCGUCCUGCACGACGACGACUAUAUCAGACCGGCGGCAAACACAGGAACAUUAAAAGUUGCCGUCAACGGAAAUGAUCGUUCUCACUCUCUUACACCCCGACCUCCAACAACUGCUAAUGGCAAUGAUGUAGACGAGGUGACUAAGAGUGUCAUCCGCGGGGUGCACGAGAUGUGGAAAGCCACAACCAGUCAGCCCGCAAGCGUUGAUGAAUUCUUGCGUUUAGUAGGAGAAGCAAUUAGUAGUUGACUUGUGUGAAUCAUGACAUCUGCGACUACAUACGUUGUCACAACUGGGUUGGAUUGACUCGAAAGAAUGAAUAGAUAA